UCCAAACCAAAUGCAUAUGCUUUUAUAAAAAUGUAAUUAAUAAGCAUUAAUAUACACUAAAAGCUUAAAUACGAAAUGUCGGUAUAAACUGAGUUCUUACAUUAAUUUGUAGCACUAGGUUUGAGUGUUUUUGGGAGAGUUUGCUAAUCAAAGAUUUAAUUUGGAUUUUUUUUCCUGUUAAUUAUUCCCAUUUAAACAUAACACUGUCCAAUAACAAACUCCCUGGUGAAGCAGAUGAGAUCCACGUGACACACUUUUAUAAAGAUGGCGUUAAUUAAAGAGGAGAGUGAAGAUGUGAAGAUUGAAGAAGCAUUCAGAGUCAAACAAGAAGAUACUGAGGAACAAACAGACAUGAUGGCCCUUAAAGAGGAGAGUCAAGAACUGAAUGAAAUGGAAGAGAAAUCUCAGAAUGAGAAACCUUUUUUAAUAACUGUAGAAAAAUCCACACGGACUAAAAAGAGUUCUUCACGAAGAAAAGCGAAAAAGACCAAAGCUAAGAGUAAUUUCAGCUGCCAACAAUGUGGAAAAAGCUUCAAUCAAAAACAAAACCUUACAAUCCACAUGAGAGUUCACACUGGAGAGAAGCCUUACAGCUGCCAGCAGUGUGGGAAGUGUUUCAGUCAGAAACAAAACCUUACAGUCCAUAUGAGACUCCAUACCGGAGAGAACUCGUUCAUCUGCAAACAGUGUGGAAAACGUUUCACUAAAAGACAAAACCUUGAUAUCCACAUGAGAAUUCACACUGGAGAGAGCUCUUUCAGCUGCCAACAGUGUGGGAGCAGUUUCACUCAAAAAGGAAACCUUAAAGUCCACAUGAGAGUUCACACUGGAGAGAAGCCGUACACCUGCCCUCAGUGUGGACAGAGAUUUUCACAUAAAAACACUCUUAAUUCCCACAUGAGAAUUCACACGGGAGAGAAGCUGUUCACCUGUGAUCAGUGUGAAAAGAGCUUCACAACAGAACUGAACCUUAGAUAUCACAAGAACAUUCACACUGGAGAGAAGCCGUUUGUAUGUGGCCAGUGUGGAAAGCAUUUCAGACGGAAAGUAACCCUUAAUUACCACUCAAGGAUUCACUCAGGAGAAAACGGUUUUAAAUGCAAUCAGUGUGGAAAGCGUCUUUGUUAUAAAAAAAGCCUCAGCACUCACAUGAGUCUUCACACUGGAGAGAAGCCUUACACCUGCAAGCGGUGUGGGAAGAGCUUCUCGCUUAAAGGAAAUCUUAAGACUCACAUGAGACUUCACACUGGAGAGAAGCCCUUUCCGUGUCUUCAGUGUGACAGGAGUUUCACGUAUCAAAGAGACCUGAAACGUCAUUUGCAAACUCAUUCUGGACAGAAAUCGCAAAGUUCUAAAUGUAAAAAGAGGUGUAAAAAAAACAGUAAUUAUGAAAAUCAACAGUGCAUUCAAUCUGGAGGAAGGCCAUUUAAUUGUAAUCAGUGUAACAAAACAUUUAUUUUGCCAUUACACUUAAAGAUUCACAUGAAAAAUCAUGAAAACGUGAAGCCCUAUGUAUGUGCUUUGUGUGGAAAAAGUUUUAAGUGGUUCGGCAAGUUAAAAUUGCACCAGAAAAUACGGAUCUGUGUAAAAUUAAGGAAGCGUUCUCACCACAGCUGAAUGUCCCAAACGUGAUUUGUCCACCUUUUAUGGUCGCUUCUUUUAUUUGCAUUCUUAACUUUUUUUUAUUUGAUGUUUUUUGCACAUAUACACCUGACGAUAUAUUUAUGGUUUUAAAUUUUGAGGAGUUGUGUUAGACACCCUCCCAUUUAUAUUGUAUAGAGGCAUCAUUACAUAAAUUGAUAAACUGAUGUGUCAAACUUAUACUAAUGUAAAUGAGAGAUAAAUAAAAUGACAAACUGAAUGAAA